AUGGUCUACGAUGACACCAGUAAGAAAUGGAUACCAAUCAAACCUGGCCAGCAGGGAUUCAGCCGCAUCAACAUCUACCACAACACUGCCAGCAACACCUUCAGAGUCGUGGGAGUCAAGCUGCAGGACCAGCAGGUUGUGAUCAACUAUUCAAUCGUGAAAGGGCUGAAGUACAAUCAGGCAACGCCAACCUUCCACCAGUGGCGAGACGCCCGUCAGGUCUAUGGCUUGAACUUUGCAAGUAAGGAAGAGGCAACCACGUUCUCCAAUGCCAUGCUGUUUGCCCUCAACAUCAUGAACUCCCAAGAAGGGGGCCCCUCCACCCAGCGACAGGUGCAGAAUGGCCCCUCUCCCGAUGAGAUGGACAUCCAGAGAAGACAAGUGAUGGAGCAGCAGCGCCAAGAGUCCCUGGAGAGGAGGGUCUCAGCCACAGGGCCCAUCCUCCCACCGGGGCACCCCUCAUCUGCAGCCAGUGCGCCCCUCUUGUGUAGCGGGCCUCCACCCCCACCUCCACCGCCUGUCCCUCCGCCUCCAACAGGGGCCACCCCCCCGCCCCCACCCCCGCUGCCAGCAGGGGGAGCACAGGGGGCCAGCCACGACGAGAGCUCCGUGUCAGGACUGGCCGCCGCCCUGGCUGGGGCCAAGCUGCGGAGAGUCCAGAGGCCAGAAGAUGCAUCUGGAGGCUCCAGUCCCAGUGGGACCUCAAAGACAGACCCCAACCGGGCAAGCAGUGGGGGUGGAGGAGGCGGCCUCAUGGAAGAAAUGAACAAGCUGCUGGCCAAGAGGAGAAAAGCAGCCUCCCAGACAGACAAGCCCGCUGAUAAGAAGGAAGAGGACAGCCAAACGGAAGACCCGAGCACCUCUCCUUCACCGGGGACCCGAGCAGCCAGCCAGCCCCCCCACUCCUCAGAGGCUGGCCGGAAGCCCUGGGAGCGGAGCAACUCCGUGGAGAAGCCAGUGUCUUCUUUACUGUGCAGAACCCCGUCUGUGGCAAAGAGCCCCGAAGCUAAGAGCCCCCUUCAGUCACAGCCUCACUCUAGGAUGAAGCCGGCCGCAAGUGCAAAUGACGUGGCCCUGGAUGCCUUAGAUUUUGACCGGAUGAAGCAGGAGAUCCUGGAAGAGGUGGUCAGAGAGCUGCACAGAGUGAAGGAGGAGAUCAUCGAGGCCAUCAGACAAGAGCUGAGCGGGAUCAGCACCACAUAG